UUUUACUCGAAUUAACAGCUUAUUAUCUUCUGGAUUUUAUGGCCUUCCAAUGAUACAUGUACAGCAUGCAAUGCUGUCGCGAUACUGUAAGCUCAGAGCAGAGGUCGGCUUUAUCCAAUAUUGGCAUGUGCUUGAAGCAAGAUCAAUGAGGAUCUGAUAAGAUGGAAGCGCAUCUCCGUUGGCAAAUAACGUCAUAAUGUCACUCGGAUACUGUGCCGUCAUAUCCUGUUCAUUCGAUACUCCUGAAGCAGUAGGCGAAGGUCUAUGUCUGGGGAGUUGCAGCAGCUUAUUGUCUUUUAUCUAAUUCAAAUAUUGAGACGUUUCAAAAGUAAGAACCAGGUAUUGGCGUGAAUUACACCUCGAAGAAUUCCAACGGACGCAAUCGCCAUGAUUUCCUCGCCAGCAUUGACAGUAUCGGCAGUAUCGACAUCUCCCGCUCCCUGGCGACAUACUUUCGAGAGUCAAGUAAACCAAAACACGACCCAAGAAUUUACCCUCGCGACUGUCGCCAAUAUCAACGGCCGAACUGUACCACGGGCAAGGAUGUGCGGGUUUCGCGGCUUCUUCCCCGUAUCUAGCAUUCGCCAGAGCGUGCGGAAGAACCUAGAGGAGGAGCACCAUUUGCCGCAUAGUUUGGACUCGUCCAUUUUUGGACUGGAGAGUGACAUGCUUUCUUUCUCGACAGAUUCAAGGAUGGAGAAAGUAGACAACAUUAGGUUCAACGAUGCUAUAGAGGCCGUGUUCUACCUGAGAGACUUGUCGGUGCAAUGGCGCAUAAAAGGAACGGCACAUAUAAUCGGUUCUUCAGACUCGGAUCCUGAAGAGCAGAGAUCACGGCAGGAGAUCAGCAAGGGGCUCAGGAAGUUGGAUCCUCCGAAAGAAGAACCAGAUCCGGUGGCCUUGCUUGGAUAUAAUAAGGAUGAAGUUCCUCAGCAAAAAUUGCAGAAGGAGUAUUUACCAUGGUCUUGGGAGAAGGUCAUGACUAUUUAUUUUGCAAACCAUUCCCCUCUCUUGAGAGGCUCCUUCAGAAUUCCCUCUCCUGGUCGACCCAAGUCUGAAGUACCCCUCAAGGAGCCAUUCAUAGAUGUUGGCAAGAGGGUGCACGAUGUGAAUGACCCUCAUGCGCGGAAUAAUUACCGCAUCGUUGUCAUUAUCCCUACAGAUGUGGAAAAGCUGGAUAUCUCUGAUUAUGAGAAAUCGACACGGAUUAACUGGACAUUUGUUGAGGAUGAAAGCUCCAAUUAUGGUGGUGAUGAGCGAAGAGGCAGGUGGGAGGAGACUGAAUUAUGGCCGUGAAUUCAACUAUAUUUGAUUCCAUAUAUCGCCUCCUCUGUUCAAGAGUUGGGGGGGUAGAAAAGUUCUGUUUUCCUGCGGUUCUAUUUUAUAUUUCAGUCUGGCUAUCUCUUGACUACAGGGACGAUGAAAAUGGACAGUUUUUUCUUUCUUGAGUGAUGGUUCCCUCUACUGUCCUGUCUAAUACAUAUCUUCUCA